GCGAGCUAGGUUUCCGAAUCGCUCUGCUUCCAGACUUCCAGUCCUCCUCGUGCUCGCUCCCAAAUCCCAAUGUCCGCCGCCACCUGAGACCUGAUCCGAGCAUUGCCUGCGCCGCCGCCGCGAGCCCGCGUGCCGGCUCCGCCUGAGUCCACAGAUCACCAUGGGAGGCCGCCGUCCUUGAUUCGUCGCCUCCCGCCACCGCUCGAGUCCUCGACCUCCACCGGUGCCGCCGCUCGAUUCCUCACCUCAGCCAACCACCGCCGCCGCUCGAGUCCACGGGGGACGCACAGGCGGGCGGCGGACGGCUGACCCGGGCUGCCGCCGCUCAAUUAACCCGGGGGAGGGGAGGGGAGGGGCUGCUUCUCCCCAAUCGCAGACAGAGCACCGAACUGAGGGUUUGAGCAAAGACGCAACUUCUGGAGAUGACUAAGAUGCAGGUGGUGAUCCAUUUGCAACUGUAGAGCGAGGUGUGACAGAUUGGGCCCUCCAAUACGAGUACAGUGUUGUGGACCAAGCCUCCAAUUUUUUGGUUCUUUCCGGGAUCAGACAGGGGAUUUGAGGUGGAAUCGCGAGUGAGAGGUUGAACAGCGGUGCUUGAUUCUGGAGUUCUUUCGGUGGGGCUGAAAAGGCUUUUAUUCAGUUGUGCUGCUGCAAAGACCGAUUUGGGCCUUUGGGAAAGUUCCUGGUGUUUUGAGCUUCAAGGAGGCUGAUGGCGUCAACAUCAGAUAUGGAGACGACGAACCCCGGGAGCAUUUGGGAGCUCGAUAAGGAUCUUGAUGUGCCCAUGGAUGAGGAGGCUAGCAGGCUCAAGAACAUGUACAUAGAAAAGAAGUUCUCAUCAGUUUUGUUACUAAGGCUUGCAUUUCAGAGCCUUGGUGUAGUCUUUGGUGACUUAGGUACAUCGCCAUUGUAUGUUUUCUACAAUAUAUUUCCGCAUGGGGUUGACAAUGAUGAGGAUGUUAUUGGAGCUCUUUCAUUGAUCAUUUACACCCUCACGCUCAUUCCUCUGAUGAAGUAUGUUUUUGUUGUCUUACGGGCAAAUGAUAAUGGUCAAGGUGGCACUUUUGCUCUUUAUUCUCUACUUUGCCGGCAUGCAAAGGUCAGCACUAUACCCAAUCAACAUAAGACUGAUGAAGAACUAACGACAUAUAGCCGACAAACUUAUGAGGAGAAUUCGCUUGCAGCAAAAGUGAAGAGAUGGCUAGAGGGACAUGCAUAUAAAAAGAACUGUCUUCUUAUUCUUGUUCUUAUUGGUACCUGUACCGCCAUUGGAGAUGGGAUCCUUACUCCUGCUAUAUCAGUUCUCUCUGCAACAGGUGGAAUACGAGUUCAGAAUCCGAAGAUGAGUACAGAUGUGGUUGUAAUCGUCGCGGUGACCAUAUUAAUCGGAUUAUUCAGCAUGCAACACUAUGGUACAGAUAAAGUUGGGUGGCUCUUUGCACCUUUAGUGUUCCUUUGGUUUAUUCUUAUUGGGAGCGUCGGGGCAUUCAACAUACACAAGUAUAACAGUUCAGUUCUAAAAGCAUAUAAUCCAGUCUAUAUCUACCGGUUUCUCCGACGAGCGAAGUCUGAGAUCUGGACCUCUCUUGGAGGAGUUAUGCUUAGCAUCACAGGGACCGAAGCAUUAUUUGCUGAUCUAUGUCAUUUCCCUGUAUUGGCUAUUCAGAUUGCUUUCACGUUAGUGGUGUUCCCUUGCCUUCUCCUUGCGUACACUGGGCAGGCUGCUUAUAUUAUUGUCCACAAGGAUCAUGUAGUUGAUGCCUUCUACCGCUCCAUUCCAGAUGCCAUAUAUUGGCCAGCCUUCGUCAUUGCAACUCUUGCAGCAAUAGUUGCAAGUCAAGCCACCAUAUCUGCUACCUACUCGAUUAUAAAGCAGGCUCUUGCGCUGGGCUGUUUUCCCCGUGUCAGUGUUGUGCACACCUCAAAAAAAUUCCUUGGGCAGAUUUACAUCCCUGACAUCAACUGGGUACUUAUGAUUCUUUGCAUUGCUGUGACUGCUGGAUUUAAGAACCAAAUCCAGAUCGGAAAUGCAUACGGCACAGCAGUUGUGAUAGUUAUGCUGGUAACGACAUUCCUCAUGGUCCCAAUAAUGCUGCUAGUAUGGAAGAGCCACUGGAUCCUUGUUGUCACCUUUCUUGUGCUCUCGUUGAUGGUGGAGUUCCCGUACUUCAUAGCCUGCAUCAAUAAGGUGGAUGAAGGUGGUUGGGUGCCACUUGCCGUUGCAAUCACCUUCUUUAUCAUCAUGUACGUGUGGCAUUUCUGCACCGUGAAGCGGUAUGAGUUUGAGAUGCACAGCAAGGUUUCCAUGGCCUGGAUUCUAGGACUCGGGCCGAGCCUUGGUCUUGUUAGGGUUCCUGGGAUUGGCUUUGUGUACACCGAGUUGGCGAGUGGUGUUCCGCAUAUCUUCUCCCAUUUCAUCACCAACCUCCCUGCCAUCCACUCCGUGGUCGUCUUUGUGUGUGUCAAGUACCUUCCGGUGUACACCGUCCCAGUUGAAGAACGGUUUGUCAUGAAGAGGAUCGGGCCAAAGAACUUUCACAUGUUCCGCUGUGUCACGAGGUACGGGUACAAGGACAUCCACAAGAAGCACGACGACUUUGAGAAGAUGCUUCUUGACCGGCUCCUGAUCUUUGUCAGACUUGAGAGCAUGAUGGAUGGCUAUUCUGAUUCUGAGGACUUCACCAUGUCGGAGCAAAAGGUCGAGAGAUCCGCUAAUGCGUUGCUGAUGAGCGAAAAGGCUGGAAGCAACACAUUGUGCUCCGGGAGUGACCUGAGCUACUCAUCAUCACAUGAUUCCAUUGUGCUGGCCAAGUCGCCACUAACAGGGAACAACAGCCUAACAAGGUAUUCCAGCCAAACAUACGGCGACGAACUGGAGUUCCUCAACAGCUGCAAGGAUGCGGGCGUCGUGCACAUCCUCGGCAACACCAUUGUGCGUGCGCGCAGGGAUUCAGGGAUCAUCAAGAGGAUUGUUGUGGAUCACCUGUAUGCCUUCCUCAGGAAGGUCUGUAGAGAACACAGCGUGAUAUUCAAUGUUCCUCAUGAAAGCCUUCUCAACGUAGGCCAGAUCUACUAUAUCUGAACCUUUUCUCUCUUUUUUUUUGUUCUUUUGGUUCUGAACUUCUGAUUCAGAGUGAGCAGUACUGUGUAAUUGUGUAGGGCAGGUGAACAUUGUAAAUGGUCAGUUAUCGAGUGAGCCUCAUUCAUCA